GCUAAAGAACAGCAUUAGUCUUGCAUGUACUUCACCAACAACAGUGAAUGAGAAGGGCAGUGUUCCUUUGGAAUGCCUUUUAAAUUCUGAGAACUUUGGGUUGCAGCUCAAACUGGAAAAUGGAACCAAAAAGAGAGCAAGAAACUAUGUGUUGUUCAGUAGCACAGGAAGCAAAAACCAAUCAACAAGUUUCAAAGAAGAUGAAUAAUGUUGUUCCUUAUUACAAACUAUUCUCAUUUGCAGACUCCAUAGACUUGGCUUUGAUGAUUGUAGGCACUAUUGCUGCCAUUGCCAAUGGAUUGGCACCUCCACUUGGGACACUAAACUUUGGUACUCUGAUGAACUCUUUUGGACAGAAUACAGACCCUCAUAUUGUUGUUCAUGAAGUUUCAAAGGCAUCUUUGAAGUUUGUUUACCUCGGCAUUGGAGUAUGUUUGGCGGCAUUUCUCCAGGUGGCAUGUUGGACAGUCACAGGGGAAAGACAAGCUUCGAGAAUCAGGGACAUAUAUUUGAAGAGCAUUCUCAGGCAAGACAUCGAGUUCUUCGACAGAGAAAUGAGAACAGGAGAGGUUGUCGGAAGGAUGUCCGGUGACAGUCUCCUCAUCCACCAUGCCAUUGGUGAAAAGGUUGGGCAGUUCAUUCAGCUCUUAUCUUCAUUCUUUGGAGGCUUUGCUUUAGCAUUUGUCCAUGGGUGGCAAUUGACUCUAGUUAUGCUAGCUGCCAUUCCUCUGAUUGCCUCUGUUACUGCACUAAUGUCUAAUAUGAUAACUAAAAUGGCAGCCAAUGCACAGACAUCAAAUUCAGAAGCAUCAGACAUUGUAGAACAAACAAUUGCCUCAAUUAGAACAGUUGUAUCUUAUACUGGAGAGAAACAAGCUCUGAUGAAAUAUAACAUGACUUUGAAGACAGCAUACAAGUCCAAUGUUCUUGAGGGAUUGGCCGCCGGGAUCGGCAUGGGCACAGCUAAUGCUCUUGUUUACUCAGGUUAUGCUUUAGGGACAUGGUUUGGUUCGAAGAUGAUACUGCAUAACGGCUACACAGGUGGAGAUGUGAUGAGGGUCAUUGUUCUUGUCCUUGUGGGAUCCAAGUCAUUAGGCCAGUUAUCUCCAUGUAGAAGUGCUUUCGCAGCAGGACAAGCAGCCGCGUUUAAGAUGUUUGAAACAAUCAAUCGAAAACCGAAGAUAGAUGGCUAUGACACUACUGGAAAAUCAUCGGUUGAUAUUCGGGGAGAUAUCGAGCUACGAGAUAUUCAUUUUAGCUAUCCAGGCAGACCUGAUGAACAUGUAUUCACUGAUUUAUCAUUGUUGAUUCCCAGUGGGAGUACAGUUGCUUUGGUUGGGGAGAGUGGGAGUGGGAAAUCUAGUGUCAUAAGUUUGAUUGAGAGGUUUUAUGAUCCACAAGCUGGUGAAGUUCUCAUUGAUGGAACUAAUAUAAAGAAGUUCUCAUUGAGAUGGAUUAGAGGGAAAAUUGGACUUGUUAGUCAAGAACCAGUACUCUUUGCUUCCAGCAUCAAAGAUAACAUUGCUUAUGGAAAGGAUGGUGCAACCAUAGAAGAAAUUAAAGCUGCAGCUGAGUCUGCAAACGCUUUGAAAUUUAUUGAGCAACUCCCUCAGGGACUUGAUACCAUGGUUGGGGCACAUGGUGCGCAGCUGUCCGGCGGGGAGAAACAACGAGUUGCUAUUGCCAGAGCGAUUCUGAAGGAUCCUAAGAUAUUGUUGCUUGAUGAGGCGACAAGUGCUCUGGAUCUUGAAUCCGAGAGGAUCGUGCAGGAGGCACUAGACAAGGUUAUGGCGAGUCGUACUACUGUCAUAGUUGCUCAUAGGUUGAGCACCGUGAGGAAUGCGGAUCUAAUCACUGUGCUUCAUCGGGGUUCCGUCAUUGAAAAAGGCUCACAUGCCGAGCUUAUCAAGAAUAAGGAUGGAGUGUAUUCACAACUGAUACACCUGCAAGAAGCCAAUGAAAAUUUUGAUCAUCAGAAUGAAACAAGCCAUAGGAAACAAGGGGUGACUUCUUCAGACAAUAUCGGUUCUCGAUCACUUAGAGUGGCUACUAAAGAAGAUGACUUGCAAGACAGUAAACUGCAGGAACCUGAAUGCAAGCAACUAACACAGGAAAAACAAGAAGUGCCUCUCAGCCGCCUAGCUCGUCUAAACAAGCCGGAACUGCUAGUCAUACUGUUUGGUGCCAUUGCUGCAGUAAUCAGUGGCAUGAUAAUGCCCACUUUCGGGAUGUUCCUGGCAAACACAGUUCAUAGUUUUUAUGAGCCAGCAACAGAACUACAAAAGAAUUACAAGUUUUGGUCUCUGAUGUUUUUGGGUCUGAGUUUCAUAACAAUAGUAUCAGUUCCAGCUAGAUCUUACUUGUUUGCUGUGGCCGGGUCCAAGUUGAUAAGGAGGAUCAGAUUGAUGUCAUUUGAUAAGCUUAUACAUAUGGAGGUCGGAUGGUUUGACGAGCCUGAGAACUCAAGCGGAGUGAUUGGAGCUAGGCUUUCAGCUGGUGCUGCAGCAGCUCGAAGUCUUGUUGGAGAUGCACUUUCCCUGGUUGUUCAGAAUGCUGCAACAUUAAUCACUGGUUUAGUGAUUGCUUUGUAUUCAUGCUGGCAAUUGGCACUCUUGAUCUUGACAUUGAUACCGCUGAUGAGUGUUAAUGGGUGGAUCCAGCUUAAGCUCAUGAAGGAAUAUACAUUGACUGUCAAGAUGAUGUAUGAAGGAGCAAGUCAAGUGGCAAGUGAUGCAAUUGGAAGUAUACGGACAGUAGCAUCUUUCUCUGCUGAAGAGAAAGUGAUGCAACUUUACAAGAGAAAAUGUGAAGGGCCAAGGAAUGCAGGCAUCAAGCAAGGGUUGAUAAGUGGAAUCGGUUUCGGAUUAUCCUUCCUUUUGCUUUUCUCUUCUUAUGCAGCCAGCUUCCAUGUCGGAGCUGCUCUAAUAGAGGAUGACAAAACAACAUAUACAAAAGUUUUCCGGGUGUUUUUCGUCUUAGCUUUGGUAGCAGCCGGAGUAUCAGAGUCAAGCUCUCUACUGCCUGAUGCUGCAAAAGCCAAGUCUGCCGCUGCUUCAGUGUUUGAAAUCCUUGACAGGAAGUCUAAGAUCCACUCUGGUGACAAAUCUGGGAUAACAUUACAACAAGUAAAGGGAAACAUUGAAUUUCAGCAUGUCUGCUUCAAGUACCCUACAAGGCCUGACGUCCAAAUACUCAAAGGGCUCUGCUUGACUGUUCAGUCAGGGAAGACAGUUGCACUUGUUGGAGAAAGCGGAAGUGGCAAAUCGACAGUGAUCUCGUUGUUGCAAAGAUUUUAUGACCCUGACUCUGGCAGCAUUCUUCUGGAUGGAAUUGAGACACAAAAAUUUCAGGUGAAGUGGUUGAGGCAACAAAUGGGUCUGGUGAGUCAGGAGCCAAUUCUGUUCAACGACACAAUCCGAGCCAACAUUGCCUAUGGGAAGGGAGAGGAGGCUACUGAAUCUGAGGUAGUGGUUGCCGCUGAGUUAGCUAAUGCACACCACUUUAUAAGUGGAUUGCAGCAGGGUUAUGACACCAUAGUUGGAGAGAGAGGUAUUCAGUUAUCAGGAGGGCAAAAACAAAGAGUAGCCAUUGCACGAGCUAUAAUUAAAGAACCCAAGAUUCUACUAUUGGAUGAGGCUACAAGUGCACUUGAUGCUGAAUCUGAGAAAAUGGUUCAAAAUGCACUUGAUAAAGUGAUGCUAAAGAAAACAUCAGUUAUUGUUGCCCACCAACUGUCAACUAUCAAAGAUGCCGAUCUGAUUGUGGUAGUUAAAAAUGGGAUAAUCAUAGAAAAGGGAAAGCAUGAAGAUUUGAUGACCAUCAAGGAUGGCGCUUACGCCUCCUUAGUUGCACUCCAUACAUGUCACUAACCUAUAUCAACCACAUAUCACCCGUCCUAUUACCCUGUUUGCGAUCUCCACUGUAUCUGCAUUCUUACCAGAUGGAUGAACCUAAACUCUAGACUGUCAAGAUACACUGUAUAUGACUCUAGAUCUGAAUCUGAAUCUAGUACCAUCUUUACAUUAAA